AUGCUGGACCUUGCUGAUUUCAUUACUGACCGUGGCGGAGACCCGAAUAAAAUCAAGGAGAGCCAGAGGAGAAGAUCGGCUCCUGAAACUGCAGUCGAUGAGGUUCUUUCCUUGUAUGAGGAAGCUCGCCGGGCACGUUAUGAGGUUUCCCAAAUAAACUCCCAACUCAAUGCGCUCCUCAAGGAGAUUGGUAAAAAGAAAAAAAACAAGGAAGACGCAAGCCUCCUUUUGGAGGAUAAGGCAAAACUAGAGUCCCGGCGGAAAGAGGCAGAAGAGGUUGCUUUUCAGAAGGAGAGCCUGAGAGACCGAAAAAUUCGAACAAUUGGCAACUAUGUCCAUGACUCGGUCCCUGUGAGCAACAAUGAGGAUGAUAACCCCAUUAUCAGGACGUGGUCUCCGGACAACUUCGUUGCCGAAAAACCGAACUGCUUAUCGCAUCAUGAAGUCUUGACUCGGCUUGAUGGCUACGAUCCGGAACGCGGGGUCAAGAUCGUUGGCCACCGUGGAUAUUGCCUUACCGGUUAUGGUCUUUUCUUGAACCUUGCACUUGUGAACUAUGGGUUGGAAUUCCUAUGGAAGCGUGGGUACAAGCCGAACCAACCACCUCACUUUAUGCUUAGGGAGAUGAUGGCAAAAACUGCCCAACUCGAACAGUUUGACGAAGAGCUUUACAAAGUCACUGAGAGCGAGGAUAAGACCACUGACAAGUAUUUGAUUGCCACCUCGGAGCAGCCCCUAUCAGCAUUGCAUGAUAGCGAAUGGCUCCAAGAUAAAGAUCUCCCUAUUAGAUAUGCUGGAUAUAGUACUUGCUACCGUAAGGAGGCCGGCGCUCAUGGGAAAGACGCUUGGGGGAUAUUCCGUGUCCAUCAAUUUGAGAAGAUUGAACAAUUUAUUCUCACGAAACCUGAAGACUCCUGGAAAGUGUUUGACGAAAUGAUAGCCACUUCUGAGGACUUCUACCAAUCCCUUGGACUCCCCUACCAGAUUGUCUCUAUAGUUUCUGGCGCCUUGAAUAAUGCCGCAGCAAAGAAAUUCGACCUUGAAGCAUGGUUUCCCUUCCAGCAGGAAUACAAAGAGCUGGUUUCUUGCUCCAACUGUACCGACUACCAGGCACGUGCACUCGGCAUUCGAUUUGGCCCCAAAAAGACCACGGACGCGAAAAAAGCAUAUGUCCAUGCACUGAAUGCUACGCUGUGCGCUACGGAGAGAACGCUCUGUUGCAUACUUGAGAACUACCAAACAGAUGAUGGAUUUGUUGUUCCAGAGCCCCUCCGCAAAUACAUACCCGGUGCGCCAGAGUUUCUUCCCUACACCAAAGAGCUUCCGAAAGACAGCACUUCGACCAAAUCUAGACCCAAAGCCGCCAGCAAGCCUUUUACUGGCACAGAUGAAGCAGCCAAAAAGUUGCAAGGCAUGCAGAUAUAA